UCGAGAGGGACAUUUUCGUAAAAAACCCCUCAUCUUCCUCUUCCCUCCGGUAGCAUUUACGAAUGCUCUCAUAGUGAGCUCUCAUCUCCUUCCCCUUCCCCCGUAUCCUCUCCAUUAAAAAUGCUCUCAAACCCUAAACCCUCGACGAAACCUAGGGCACAAAACCCUGCGCGAGCCGUAACCCUAGCGAUCUCCGAGGACGGCGACGACGGCGACGAUUUCCAAAACCCUAGCGAGGCCUUCUCCUUCGCGCAGAGUCUCUUGCUAUCCUCCCUCGGAAACCCUAGAUCUGAGCCAUUGAAGCCGUCCAACGCCACGCGCCCGAAGAAGAAGCGGGCGAAGCCAGCUCCUGCGCCGGGGAAGGAGAAUCGGGCGGUAUCCAAAACCCUAGAGGUCGAUUCUAGGAUUUCUGGAGAAGUGUUGAGGGAGGCGACGGAUCGGAGGGAUAUUUUCUGCUUUGCAUCUGAUAAUCGUGUAAAGGACGAGGAAACUGUCGUUCGUGCAUCGUUUCAAUCGCGAAUAGAGGGAUAUGGGAGAGUACGAGAGAGUGGGAUUGGUAACAAGGAGGAAAAAUCACUUCUUUUUACAUCAACAGCAUCAAAAUUAGCAGAUGAUGAGGAGAAACAAGGGAGUAAGUGUGAGAUUCCUAAGGGGAGCUAUUACAUGAUGUCUAUUGAAUCAAGAUUGUUGGAACCAAGAGCCAAUUCUAUUUCUUGUAGAAAUGGAGGUGAUUGCUCAGAAGGCAAUACUGACGAGGAUUCCGAGGCGGGCACGCAGCUAAAUGAAUUGAUGAAUCUAUGCUCUGAGGUGGAUGCCCAAGGCGAUAUGAACCGCGAAGCCUCCGUACUUGAAAGGAGUAAUCUGGAUGUUGCAGCAUCUGAGUUGCUGUGGAGUGAUCGAGUGGAAUGUCCGUUGUGUGGACUCGAUAUCUCAGAUUUGAGUGAAGAACAGCGGCAGAUUCACACCAAUGAUUGCCUGGACAAAGAUGGAACUUCAGGGGCAAUUCAUUCAGUAUCUGGAGCAAAAUCAACAUUACCUCAAGGCAAUGUUGACACCAGCUCGGCUAUUGAAUUCCUGAGGAGCUUGGGUUUAUCUAGAUAUGAGCAAGUUUUUGUGAGGGAAGAGAUUGAUUGGGAAACUUUGCAAUGGCUAACCGAAGAGGAUCUUCUGAACAUAGGAAUUGAUGCAUUUGGUCCUAGAAAGAAGAUUAUCCAUGCACUCAGCGAGUUGCGUAAAAGACACUGUCAUGCCGAAGAUGUUGAUACUAAUUCGUCAAAUCAAAUAACUAAUGUGUGCACCAAAUUUUCUUCUGGGAAUAAAUUAAUAACAGAAUACUUUCGUGGUUCUGUCAUUGAUACAAACAGGAUUUGCACUGUCAGCAAACCCCCAGGUAUGAAGAGCCAGAGGAAUUCAGCUAUAAAGAGAGGUAGAAAAUGUGUAAAUAUAGGUAAAGUUAGAGAUAUACCUCCUUGGUGUUGCAUUCCAGGGACGCCAUUUCGAGUGGAUGCAUUUCGUUAUUUAAGAGGAGACUGUUCUCACUGGUUUCUAACACACUUCCAUAUAGACCAUUACCAGGGUUUGACGAGACACUUCUGUCAUGGAAAGAUCUAUUGCUCUUCAAUCACAGCACGCCUUAUAAACCUCAAGAUCGGUGUGCCAGGGGAUAGGCUGCAAGUCUUGCCUCUAAACCAAAAGAUUACUGUUGCAGGUGUUAGUUUGACAUGCUUCGAUGCGAACCAUUGCCCUGGAUCUAUCAUAAUUCUUUUCGAACCACCCAAUGGUAAGGCUGUUCUGCACACUGGAGACUUUAGAUUUUCUUCAGAGAUGGCUAGCUACUCGGCAUUGCAAUCGUGUCGUAUCCACACUCUCAUACUCGACACAACCUACUGUAAUCCUCAAUAUGACUUUCCAAAACAAGAGGUUGUAAUACAGUUUGUCAUUGAGGCCAUUCAAGCUGAGUCGUUCAACCCAAAAACUCUCUUUCUCAUUGGUAGCUACACUAUUGGAAAAGAGCGAGUUUUUCUGGAGGUUGCUCGUCUGCUUAGAAAGAAAGUAUUUGUAGGAUCUGCGAAGCUUCAUUUGUUGAGGUGCUUGGAGUUUCGCGAGGAGGACAUGCAAUGGUUCACAGAGAAUGAAAUGGAGAGCCACAUCCAUGUCGUCCCGAUGUGGACUCUUGCUAGCUUCAAGAGGAUGAAAUAUAUCUCCAACCAAUAUGCUGGCCGGUUUGAUCUUAUUGUUGCGUUUUCUCCUACUGGUUGGUCAUUUGGGAAAGGCAAAAGGAAAACUCCUGGGAGAAGGUGGCAACAGGGCACCAUCAUUAGGUAUGAAGUUCCAUACAGCGAACACUGCAGCUUCACUGAACUGCGAGAGUUUGUGCGAUUCGUAUCACCGGAUCACAUAAUUCCAAGUGUGAACAACGAUGGCCCCGAGAGUGCAGAUGCGAUGUUGGCCCUUCUCACGUCCGACUCAUAAAAUCCUCUCUGUGAGUUGAACAAACAGAAAUUGUGGGAGAAAAGAUCGAGUUCGCGGGAACUGCGAAAUAUGCACUACUUGUUUUACUGUUGUUUGUAUUCUGGAACUUCUAUAGACAUUCUGCGCCCCGCCCCUUCAUAUCCAUACAUUACUUGAUUUUCAUAUUCUUGUGAUUUCAAUUUUCCCCAUGUGAUUUAACACAUUUUCACUUUGCCAUUUGAUAGUUUAAAAGUUUUAUUUUUUCAUUCUACUGGCUUUUCGUUGUAUCACUGUUAAGGAUCUGUCAGAGUAUUAAAGUGUUAAAAGUUAUAAAUCAUUGGGUGGCGAACUGCAGUA